GCAGCUGUCCGCAAGAUGGCGGGGCUGUUGCGGGGCUUGCGCGGGGCGGGUCGGGGCUGCGCUUGGCGCUGCGGGUAUCGCCGCCCGUGCUGCUCCGCCGCCGCCGGCCCGGGCCCCGCCGCGGGGCAGGUGCGUGAGGCCUUCCUGAGCUUCUUCCAGGGGCGGCAUCGGCACCGCCGCCUGCCCUCCGCCUCGGUGCGGCCCCGCGGGGACCCCGCGCUGCUGUUCGUCAACGCGGGCAUGAACCAGUUCAAGCCCAUCUUCCUGGGCACGGCAGAUCCCCGGAGUGAGCUGGCCCAGUACCAGCGUGUGGUGAACAGCCAGAAGUGUGUGCGUGCUGGUGGGAAGCAUAAUGACCUGGAGGAUGUGGGCAGAGACACUUACCAUCACACCUUCUUUGAGAUGUUGGGGAGCUGGUCUUUCGGGGAUUACUUCAAGGAGGAGGCUUGCAGCAUGGCCUGGGAACUUUUGACAAAGAUCUAUGAGAUCCCUAAGGACCGUCUCUAUGUCACCUAUUUUGGAGGGGACUCCUCACUGGGACUGAGUGCCGAUGAGGAGAGCAGAGACAUUUGGCUGAGCCUGGGGGUAUGUCCCAGCCACGUGCUUCCUUUCCCGCUGAAAGAGAACUUCUGGGAGAUGGGGGAUACAGGCCCCUGUGGUCCCUGCACGGAGAUCCACUAUGACCACAUAGGUGGUGGGAGGAAUGCAGCAGCAUUGGUGAACCAAGACAACCCUGAUGUGGUGGAGAUCUGGAACCUGGUUUUCAUGCAGUAUGACAGAGAGGCCAGUGGGAGUCUGCGUCCGUUGCCUCAGCAUCAUGUGGACACAGGGAUGGGCCUAGAGCGGCUGGUGACAAUCUUGCAGGGCAAGCACUCCAACUAUGACACGGAUCUCUUCACCCCCAUCCUGGACGCCAUCCACAAGGGCUGUGGAGGGCCUGGGUACCAGGGCCUGAUUGGGGAGGCUGAUGUCAGAUGUGUGAACAUGGCCUACCGUGUGGUUGCAGAUCAUGUGCGCACCCUCUCCGUGUGCAUUGCUGACGGCGUGUACCCAGGCAUGUCUGGAGCCGAGGUAGUAUUGCGCCGGAUCCUGCGAAGAGCUGUCCGAUUUUGCUCUGAAGUCCUACAUGCUCCACCUGGGCUCCUGGCCAGUUUGGUUCCUGCUGUGGUGGGAAUUCUGGGAGAUACAUAUCCAGAGCUGAGAAAGAAUGAGGAUCAGAUUGCAACCAUCAUCAAUGAGAAUGAGGUGGCCUUCCUUUCCUCCCUCCAGCAGGGCCGGCGUAUCAUAGAAAGGACCCUGCAGCAGAUGGGGCCCUCCAAGCUCUUUCCAGUGGAGGUGGCAUGGUCUAUCUAUGGAAACCUGGGGUUCCCCUUGGACCUGAUUGGUUUGAUGCUUGAAGAAAAGGGGAUCCAACUAGACUGGGAAAUUGUGAACAAGCUAGCCCAGGAAGAUGCUGAGAAGAAAGCUAGGAGCCAGCAGACAGAACAGCUGGAGGGGUCCGCUGCACAGCUGGAUGUGCAUUCACUGGCUCAGCUGCAGAGGGACGGUGUGCCUGUGACAAAUGAUGCACCAAAAUAUGCCUACACACUGGGGCCAGAUGGCAGAUAUGUGUUCAGCCCUUGUCAGGCCACCAUUCUGAUGCUCUACAAGGACCGAUCUCUCCAGAAAGAAGUUGGGGCAGGGCAGCGCUGUGGUGUCAUCCUGGAUAGGACCAGCUUCUAUGCGGAGCAGGGCGGGCAGGCACAUGAUCAGGGCUACCUGAUGCUCCUGGGACAGCAGGAUGUGCUGUUCCCGGUGGAGUCGGUGCAGCUCUCUGGUGGCUACGUUGUCCAUGAGGUAACAGUCCUGCAGACCCUGCAGGCUGGAGAUCAAGUGCAGCUCUUUGUGGAUGAGGACCAGCGGCUAGCCUGCAUGGUAAACCACACUGCCAGCCACCUGCUGAACUUUGCACUCCACUGCGUCCUGGGAGAUGGCACAGAGCAACGAGGGUCCCACGUUACUGCCAAGCAGCUGCGAUUUGACUUCAGUAUCAAGGCUCCCGUGACUACACAGCAGAUGCAGGAGAUAGAAGGCAUAAUUCAGGAAGUGAUUAAACGGGAUGAAGCUGUCUACGUGGCAGAAGCCCCUCUGAUGCUAGUGAGCAGCAUUCAGGGACUUCGGACCACAGAUGAGGUGUACCCAGAUCCAGCAAGGGUGGUGUCUGUUGGGGUGCCUGUAGACACUGUGCUGACCCAGAACUCUCAGGCUGCAAUGCAGACCUCUGUGGAGCUGUGCUGUGGGACGCACUUACUGCAAACAGGAGCUGUCCAGGAUUUGACCAUCAUCUCUGAGUAUCAGCUGGUUAAAGGGAUCAGUCGUGUCAUUGCUGUCACUGGGGAGCAGGCCAAGCAGGCCCGGGAAGUAGGCCAGCGCUUGGCUGCAGAAGUAGACUCUCUCUCUGUGAGAGUGAAGCAAGGAAACUCUUCUCUCCCUGAGAUACAGAACCUCUCCAAGGAGGUGGGCUGCCUUAUCAAAGAGGUGGACACCACUGCAAUGCCCCAGUGGCAGAGAAGAGAACUACAGAGCCUCCUCAAAGCCCUGCAGCGAGCUGCAAACACGGCCAUUAGGAAGCUGGAAAUCAGUCAGGCCUCAGAGACAGCACAGAUCCUGCUGGAGAAACAUCCUAACCAGCCCGUCAUAAUCGACACUGUCCCAGUGGCCUCCCUCUCGAUCCUGGUAAAGGUUGUAAACCAGCUGUGUGACAAAUCUGGGGUGUCAGUGCUGCUGCUCAGCCCACAGGCCUCCGGCCAGGUAUUCUGUGCCUGUCAGGUGUCCAAGAGUUCCCUACCCAUGCUUUCUGCUGCCGACUGGGCCAUAGCUGUCUGUACAUGGAUGGGAGGCAAAGCAGGGGGCUCUGGCAUUGUAGCCAAGGGCUCUGGAAAUACCAAGGACCUGCAGGGAGUCUUGACUGCUGCGCUGGAGUUUGUCCGGACUAAGCUCUGAUGCUUCGUUUGUGGGUCAGCUGGAUAAGCCACAGCUGCCAGCCCCAAGUCUUCGGGAUGCUGGAACAGGGCACACACUGCUCCAGCAAGCUCUGUGUAUUUUGAUGGCUUAACGGGUCCCACCGCUGAACACUGCUGCCACCAGGACUGUGGACCAAGGUUAUCUGGUUUCUUGCCCUGUGGGUCAGUGCAGUGCAUUCGCCUCCUGAACAGGAGAGAGAUGAGAGCUGCCCAUCCUGAUCUGCGUGACUGGAGGUGGUGACUGAUUCCCCCUCUUCGCCAGGAGUCAUAGCGGUGGCAUUACAGAAGGAGCCAGCCUUUCCUGGCCGUGCUGAGGGGUGUCUCUGCUCCUCAGCUGCAACUGACAGGGAUUCUGCUACUGGGGGAGCAGCACAAUGGUACCCAAGCCUAUUAAAGAGCAGAGAUGGGCUGAA